AUGAAUAUUUUUACUGGCGCCGGGUGCAACGGCAGGUGGGACGAGGCCACUUGGUGUCAUUUUUUCCCCCAGACCGUCACUGGUCUGGCGAGGGCUUGGUUCGAUUCUUUGCCAGUGGGAUCACUAGCUUCAUUUGAGGACUUGCAAGCAAAGUUCCUCGCACAUUUCAGCCAGCAGCGACGUCACGAAGGUGAUUCUGUGGACAUCGCGAACAUCUGGCGCGGAGACAACGAAUCUCUCAAGUCGUUUGUUAUCCAUUACAACAAAGAGUGCCUGGAGAUAGGCGGUGUUGCAAACCAAGUGGCACGCAACCAUUUCAUUCGAGCCGUCAAGGACGAAGAAAUGGUUACGACCAUCUCAGGCAAGGAAGGCUUGCCAAAGAAAUGGGACGACGUCAUGGCCGCAGUCAAGACGUACGCCCAGACUCAGCGGUCUCUCAAGCCGCACGUUACAAAGGCACAACCCCAAGCGGAAGGCCAGUCCUCCCGCCAAGACCCCAGGCGCAACAAAAAGCGCAACCGGGACACGUGGAAUCGCAGCAGCAAUCCCAAGCCUUACGUCCCGCGUAGUCACCAGCCCGACGCAAGGGCAACAAUCAAUGCCCAACGCGAAAACCGGGCAUCAAAGAAGGAAUCUCGGGAACGUAACUAG